UAGACUUAAUGUCUGUCAAAGUCCAGAUACUAAUGUGCCUCAAAUCUGAUACGUGUUAGAUUCACGUCUGAAACAAUAAUGCUCAGUUUGCCCUGAAUGUAAUUGUGGAAUUUUGAAGAAACAUUAUUACACCUACGGUACUUCAGUCCUGCCCACAGCUGCUGAUUGUCAGAUUAUUUCCUCUGACUUUAAUAAACACCUGCAGCAUCACGUAGCAGGGAAAACUAUCAGUUCUUCUCUAUGCGCAUUUCAGCACGUGGCACGGCAGCGGCGACUUCAUUACGAUGUGAGAUCAAUAAUAUUCAGUCACACCAGACAUGACAGCUGUUCCACACAGAUUCUAGGUUUAUAUGGUUUAAUUAUUUGUGUUGUGUGGAUGAAUCCUGAGGUACAUCAAAGCUGCCAGGACACUUUUAUUAAGAUUACGCACAAAAUUACAGUUAUAAACCUCGGUUCCUCUUAAUGUCUGACUGAAUAUUACACUCGUUCACAGACGGCUGAAGUGCUUGAGCUCUGAUUGGACAUGAUAUGAACCUCAGUGAUGCUGUGUGUGGACGCAUCAGCUGCUGAAGGACUACAACAUGAUUUUAGUACAGUAAUUUGCUUGUCGGAAUCUUGUUCCCACUAAAAUGCUUCAAUCCGAGGCUGAUCUUAUCAGGAAAGAUUCAGCUAGCUUUGAGGCUCCCUACAUUUCUGACAAGUGAUGGAAACUCACGCACAUACGUGGAAAAACGUCAUUUUUAAAACAAAGAAAUUGCCAAUAUGGAUUAUUGAUUUAGCUCCAUAUCAGAACUGGUCAAGCACAGACGUGCAUCGUCAUGGCAACAGAAGGUGACGCGCACCUAUAAAAGGCCUGCUGACCUCCAUACGUUCCCCUUUUGCAUUCGGACAUUGAUUUGACCCUCUGCAAAUUCACAAGCCUGCUGUUUAAGCUAGCUGUUUUGGACACCUGGAAAGUUAAGAGAAGAAACUCAGCGGAUUGAAGAAGAAGAAGCUCCUUUACCACCUAGAGACCUGCCAGAUCGACCGUCAACAUGAAGAGGACGUCGGACUGCAGCUCCUCGCCGGACUGCUUCAGGUGCAGUACACCUCCAUGCUCUCCUUCCUCCUUCCCCCCCUCCAAGCGUCCUUGCUGUUCUUCCCCCCUCUCUCCUCUCUCCUCCCCCUCCUUUUCUGUCUUUCACCCUUAUUUUUCUCCCAUUCCUCCCCCUGUCUCUUCUCCCUCUCCCCCUCCUCUUUCCCCAUUCUCUCCUCCCUCACUCCUUCCUCUUUCCUCCCCCUCCUCCCCCUCUCACUCUUCUAUUUCUCCCCUCCCUCCCCCAUUCUCUCCUAUGUCCUUCCCCUCCUCUUUCCCCUCUCACUCUUCUUUUUCUCCCCUCCCUCCCCCAUUCUCUCCUAUGUCCUUCCCCUCCUCCUUCCCUUCCUGCUCUUCUUUUUAUCCCUUCUUUUGCCCCGUCUCUGCUCCUCUUCCUCCUCCCGUCUCUCCCUCUCCUAAUCCCCCUCUCUCACCCUCCUCCUCCUCUUCCUCCUCCCGUCUCUCCUCCUCCUCUUCCUCCCCCCGUCCCUCCUCAUCCUCCUCCCCCUCCCCUUCUCCCCCUCACUCUUCCCUUUUUCCCAUUCCUCUGCCUCUCCCUCUCAUCUCCUCCCCGUCCUCCUCCUCCUCCUCCUCCCCCUCACCCCCUUCCCACUCUUUUUUUAAUCCCUUCUUUCGCCCCAUCUCUGCUCCUCUUCCUCCUCCCGUCUCUCCCUCUCCUAAUCCCCCUCUCUCUCCCUCCUCCUCCUCUUCCUCCCCCCGUCCCUCCUCAUCCUCAUCCUCCUCCUCCUCCCCCUCCUCUUCCCCCUCCCGUCUCUCCUCCUCCUCUAUCUCCUCCUUCUCCCCAUCUCUCUCCUCCCCCUCCCUUUCUCCCCCUCACUAUUCCCUUUUUCCCAUUCCUCUGCCUCUCCCUCUCAUCUCCUCCCCGUCCUCCUCCUCCUCCUCCUCCCCCUCACCCCCUUCCCACUUUUUUUUUAAUCCCUUCUUUUGCCCCGUCUCUGCUCCUCUUCCUCCUCCUGUCUCUCCCUCUCCUAAUCCCCCUCUCUGCCCCUCCUCCUCCUCUUCCUCCCCCUCCCCCCAUCCCUCCUCAUCCUCUUCCCCCUCCCGUCCCCCCUCCUCCUUCCCUUCCUCCUCCUCCUCAUCUCUCUCCUCUCCCUUCUCUUCUCCCCGUCACUCUUCCCUUUCUCCCAUUCCUCCGCCACUCUCUCCCAUCUCCUCCCCCUCCUCCCCCCCUCACUCCUCCUCUUUUCCCCUCUCUCCCCCUCUCUCUCCAAUCUGCUCCCGCUCCUUUUUUCUCCUCCCCCGGGUCCUCUUCCCGUGACACUGAUUGGGUGCUGGAGUCGCAGGAUUUCGGAACAUGAGAACCAAAUCUCCCUCACUCUUUCCUCUCUCCCCCCCCUCCUCUUCCACCUCUCACCCUUCCUUUUCUUCCCUACCUCCCCCAUUCUCUCCUAUCUUCUCCACCUCCUCCUUCCCUUCCCGCUCUUCUUUUUAUCCCUUCUUUUGCCCCGUCUCUGCUCCUCUUCCUCCUUCCGUCUCUCCUUCUCCUAAUCCCCCUCUCUCCCUCUCCUCCUCCUAUUCCUCCCCCUGUCUCUCCUCAUCCUCCUCCUCCCUCUCCUCCCCCUCCUCUUCCCCCUCGCGUCUCUCCUCCUCCUCCCCCUCCUCCUCCUCCUUAUCCCUCUCCUCCCCCUCCUCUUCCUCCUCCCAAAGGAGGAGG